CCCCGCCCCCGGGAGCGGCCGCUAGGAGGGAGCAUCCACCGACUGCAGCCCACCGCUCAUGAAUGUUGAGGAUGGCUGACCUUUACCCGCCCAAGAUCAGCCUGAGUCUGAUGACCCGGGAGCCUCACUACGUCCCCGGAUAUGCUGGUUAUUGUCCUCAGUAUAAGUACAGUCUUGGGCAAAGCUAUGGCAAGCUGACUUCUAAUCUGCUCACAAAUCCUGGAAUAGCACACUCUCGGCAUCUGCUCCUCCAGCCAAACAUGUGCAGAGAAACCAACUAUAGUGUGGGUACUAAGCCAAAUCAAAAUUAUAAAGCCAGCAGGAAAGCACAAAAACUGACCGACUCCAUGGUUUCUGGCUACAAAGGUUUUGUUCCCAGAAGCGAAGGCUAUUUUUCAAGAACUUUCACUGAAAACUGCUUGGAUGCAAUUGCACAGUUUGAAAGAGAACAGCUUAAGGUUGCUUCCAAGAAACGAGAGAUGGAUUUGAUAAAUGCAUUACAGACUGGGAAAACUACGGCGAAGACUGAGCAAGAGAAUAAUCUUGUAACAGUCAAAUACAGGACACCGUUUGCUGUAGUUGCUACCAAUCCUGCACCUUAUUAUUUAUCACAUUCAUAUAAAGUAAUGACCUCUCCAUACUUGAUGAAAAACGAAGACCCUGAUAAAUAUUUUAUGUCUGGGUACAAGGGGCAUGUGCCUCACUCCCGAUUUCUGCUUGGGUCAGGAUAUCCUACCAUCACCAACUGUGCCUUGAUCGAAUUCAACCAGAUGCAUAAUAAAUCAAAAGCUACAUUGACCCCUACUAUAAAUUGUGCAAAAGAGAAUGGAACAUUUCCCCGGAUUGUGCAGCUUUAUCCCUCAAAUCUUGGAAUGUUGCCCCAGUAUACAGGGCACGUACCAGGAUACAAAUAUCAAUUUGGCCACACUUUUGGACACCAUACCCAGGAUGCACUUGGAAUGAGCACCAUCCAGAAACAAGCUGCGAAUUAAAAAUAUUGAAGCAAAUUUCCUAACCUUAAUCAAGAGUUCAAAUAUCAACAUUUAGAAACUCAAAUAUAAUGUAUAUAUUUGUUUACAAGUUGCAAACAUUUAACUAGAGCAUUUCCAGCAGGCGUAAAAUAGUCAAGGUUCUGAACAUAUCUAAAUACCAGAAAAGCUGUAAUGACUUCCACUGCUGAACCAGCUGCUAACACACAUUGUCACAAUCAUGCACGUAGAACAGCUCAAUGGAAUGCACAUGACAGCUGAUAUCUCUGGAGUUGCACUGCACAAUCUAGCAUAACAAAUACAAGAGAAAAGCGAGAGCAAAGAAAACAAGCAAAAACUAAAAAUCUCUUGGCCAAGCAGAUGAGAGUCAUUGCACAACUCCAUUACCUAACAUCCUGCUGUCACUUAGGGUGGGAAAAUAUGGAAAACCAUUGAGAAUCUCAACAACAUAGAAGGAACCCAAACCAUUUGUUAUUGAUUCAGGAAACAUCUAUCUCCAAUACAGAAAUUAAAAUUUAAUUCUAAUAAUCUCAUCAUUAUUUAUUCCAGGGAGACUAGAAUCCUCAGAUCUUUAAGGCUGUGCCAUCAUGGCUGAUCUGUCCCUGCACUGGACUUACCUUCAUUUGGUCCAUAUCUUUUGAUACCUAGCUCAGGCAUGAACUUUUCAGUUGACUAGGCAAUCAAAACCUGUUGGGGAAGAGAUUUCCAUAUUUUCAUUACCCCUUUGUGUUGCCCUUCGAUGCCCUACCUACAAUAUUAACACCUGGAAAUUUAUUUUAGAUAUUAGAUUUGCAUUACAUUCUGCAAACUUCCAUUAGCGGAAAUAACUUAUUUUUAAUCAAAUCUUUUUUAAUAUUUAGACCUCUUCGGAUUGCUGCUUAAAUGUAAAUCCAAGAUAUUAGUCAUUCGUUGAUGUACAAAAACUAUGCACUUUUGUAAAGUUGAAAGAAAUCUUGUAAAUUGUUGGUCAAAUUGCAGAUUGUAGCUCAAAAUACAAUGAUACUUUAUUGUCACAUGUACCCAGGUACAGAAACGCUUUUUUUUGCAUACAAACCCAGUCAAAUCAUACAGCAGACCUCACCAAGGCAGUACACAAGAGUCGCCAUGUUUCUGCUGCCUUACGCUCGUCAUGGCCCUCCAUGCUUUCGAAGCUCUCGCCGAUCCACCUCAUUCUUGGUUCCCCUCGCUCUCGACGGUCCACCUCGCUCGCAGGUCCCUCCUUGCUCUCGGCGAUCUGGGUCCCGUCGACGCCGGUGGCUUGGAACAGCUCUUGCACAUCAAACAAACACUUCCAAAUAUUCAACGAUGUUACACAAAAGCGUAUGAAUCUAAUCUGUAAAUUCAUGUGAUAGUAGUAGAAUUAGGCCAUUCGAUCCAUCAAGUCUACUCCACCAUUCAAUCAUGGCUGAUCUAUCUCUCCCUCCUGCAUUCUCCCCGUAACCUCCGACACCCGUACUAAUCAAGAAUCUAUCUCUGCAUUAAAAAUAUCCACUAACUUGGCCUCCACAGCCUUCUGUGGCAAAGAAUUCCACAGAUUCAUCACCCUCUGACUAAAUUAUGGAAUUACUGUACAAACCUAGUCUCUAUUACUGCCAUAAUCCUGUGAACAUUACCACCAUUAUUUCCACCCCUCUGAAGUAAGUCCACUUCUUCUGGUGUGAUGUGCCCAAAAGCUUCACCGCACGCCAGAUGGAGUCUGACUAAUGUUUUCUGCAACUGAAAUCAAACUCUUUCCUCUUUGUAUUAUUGAUACAGAAAAUUGAGAAUGGACAUCCAUAUCACCAGGGAAAAAAAAGGUUAAAUCCGGAAUAUUUAACAAAUCUUGUGGCUCAUUUUGUCACUUAAAAUAAUCACAAGACAUCUUUUCCCAUCAACACUUGAAUAAAGACCAUUGCUUGCAAAUGCUAGUCUUUAAUAAUUCACUCAAGUGCCU